CUAAAAUACAGUCACACUCCACAAAUCAGCUGCUUGCGACCGCAUUAUUUUAUUUUGUUUAUUUUUUGACCAUGUCGGAAUCCGAGGAAAAGUGUCACUUCUGUCGGGAAACGCCCUUCAAAUACACAUGCCCCAAGUGCAAUGCCCUUUAUUGCAGUGUGGGAUGCUACAAAUCUAAAGAUCACCUCAAAUGCUCCGAGGAGUUCUACAAAUCCUGCAUUCAGGACGAACUUUCUGGCAACACUGUGACGCAGGAAAGCCAGGAGGACAUGCGAAAAAUAUACGACAUAUUAAAGAGGAUGCGGGAAACGGACGGCGGUUUCAACCCCCAGGACUUCGACACAGAUGGAUUGGAAAAUCCAUUGGAUUCGGAUGGAGGCGAAGAAGCUGAACUAGAAGAUGAGGGGGAAGAAGAUCCUGCCGAAGAAGACCCACGCGAGGAAGACUUUGAAGAAGACAUUGCAGCUCGCCUGAAAGGAGUUGAUAUCAACGAUGCGGAUGAAGUUUGGAGCCGGCUAACCACGGAAGAGCAAGAGGAGUUCCAAAAGCUAAUUACCAACAGCGACAUUAUGAAGCUUAUGCCGGACUACAAGCCUUGGUGGAAUAAGCCGAAGAACUCUAAGAUUGUGGUCAUUUCCACACCCGAAGAGGCUGCCAAGAAAGAGAACUCUAUGCCCGAGAUAUAUAGUAACAUUGCCAAGUUCUCGGACAUAUGCAACAAAACGCCUUCGCCCUGCUUGCACUACAACCUGUGGAACAUCCUGAGCGCCUACGCCUGCGUGGCUCGUUUUUUUGGCGGCGAACAGCGAACCAAUGCUAGCGAGGCGGUGGCCCAUCUGGUGAAUCUCAGCGCCACCUUGAAGUACGGCACCAACUUCGAGGAUGCCGAGGACGCCAUUGUCUCAGUCGAGAUGGAGGCCAUCACCACGGGCAAUGGUCCGGCGGGUGCGGCAGCCGUGGGAAGUGCCAGAGCUGGAGCCAAUUUCCUGGUCGAAAGCAGGGAGCAACUGCAGCAGGAUGCCCGGCAGUUGAUGGCUACAAAGGAUCACAAAUUGGCCGCCUUAAGUGAUGUGCUUCACCUGCUGCAGCAAACCAAGGCGAUGAGCCGGCGGAAGAAUCCCCAGGAAGCAGAGUUCCAGAAACUAUUCGCCCUGGCCAGUGGAAGUGUGGAGCUAGAUCGUACGAAAUUGUCCCAGCUGGUGCGGAAGAUCGAGUUCAUGCUGUCGUAUGUGGCUCGGGAAGAGGUCCUGUGAGAU